AUGUUCUCAAAAAGUUAUUUAAAGUUUACAAAACGAUUUAUUGAUCAUAAGCUGCGGCUCAAGACUACUGUCAGUCACCGGUGUUUGAGUGCCAUCACAACCGAUACAACCAUUUCAAUCAAACCCGAGUUGAUUACCGGCGCCGACAAUGUUCUCGAUCUGUCCUCAGCCACCGGAUCCGCUUUAGUGGACACGAUUGCCACUAACAGUGACCUCCCGAUCACAGCACUUGGUUUGGCCUCCAAUUACACGCCAAUCGGCUGGACAUUACACUUAUUAGAGGGCAUUCAUGACGUGCUUCCCUGGUAUGCGACCAUCGCUUUGGCCACUCUCUGCCUCCGGUUAAUUAUGUUUCCACUUGUGAUCAAAGCCCAGAGGAAUGCGAUGAAAAUGAACCAGGUGAUGCCUCAAUUACAAGAAUUGCAACAAAAGUCCACAAAUGCUCGGCUCUCUGGCAAUCAAUUCGAGUUCGCCAAAUACGUUCAGCAACAACAGGAUCUGAUGACCAAGAAUGACAUCAGCCCUUUCAAGAGGCUAGGCAUCCAUUUGUUGCCAGUCAUUACGAGCCUCAGCCUAUGGGCUGCGCUUGAGUUGGGCGUAGAGGCCGGUGUGAGCCAAAACUCGUCGGUAUUUAUUCGGACAGCGAUGCGAUGCAUACCCGCCAUAACACUGAUAUUCAUCUGGAACUUCGAGUCCGCGAUUCUCAUGUAUUGGUGUUCAAGUAAUUUCAUAUCAUUGCUUCAGGUGUUGCUCUUAAAGCAGCCGAGAAUUAGGGAAUAUCUCAAAAUUCCGCUUCAAAUCAAACACAAAGCCGAUGCGUUGCCCGUCUCUAAGAAGGGCUUCUAUGAAUAGUUGUUUCACAACAUUGAGCUCAAGAGUGGUCUGAGUGUACGCUUGGCCUCUGAUGUCACACAAAUCAAUGCCAUCGACGGCUCCACAGUUGUGGUCAGUCUAGCGAACGGUCAGACCAUGUGUUUCGGCAUCACUUCCAAUGGCCUUCAAUUGAGACACAAAUGGGACUCAAUUGACGACUACUCGGCCAACGAUUCGGUGGUCAACCGAUUGGCCAACGAAGUGGUGGUUUGCGGAGACAAUGGUGUGAUUCGUGUCUUCAGUUUAGACAACUUCGCGUCACAAACGAGAUCCAAGUGUUUGACACAAAACGCGUUGAAAGCGAUUGACUUGAUUUCGGCCAACGAAGUGAUUUGCGGCACUUCUUCGGGACACUUAAAACUGUAUGACUUUCGCACCCAAUCGAUGGUGUCUUCGAUGGCCAACGAGUUAUCGGUGAUUACUUGCGUCAAACGGAACCCAAACAUCUCACAUGUGAUCAGUUGUGGUAAUGAUAUCGGAGUGAUGUCUAUAUGGGAUCUGAGAAACACUGGCCAACAGUUACUGCAAGUGUCCGCUCACUCGUCACUCAUAUCUGAUCUCAAAUAUAAGGCCAAUGAACCGAAUGUAUUGAUGACCUCUUCAUACGACGGCUCUCUAUUGCGAUGGAAUAUCUCGUCGGCGUCUCAGUUGGGAUCCGUUGACGCCAUCGUUGGCCGGGAGGGAGGGGUCGGCGGCGGCGGCUCUCCCAUCAACUCGUUUGACAUCAACUCUUUCGAUGAGAUCCUAUUCAGUGCCGACAAUGAAGUCUUAUAUUUGGGUCAUUUGUAA